AUGAGUGACCUGUACGUCGAAACCCUGAGUGAUAUGAUAGCUCUGCUGCAAGAAUAUAAGCCCGGGUUGGUGACGCUGGAAAAUGUAACCCGACUAUGCAAGACUUUACGACUGGAGUCGUUCACGGACAAUAUUGACAGCGAAACCAUACGGCUUUCUGCAGCUUCCAACAUCAUCGUGAUAGACAUGGACUUCCACAAAGCGGACGAGCGCGUCAAGGACGUCAAACUGGUGCUGGCCAGCAAUUUCGACAAUUUCAACUACUUCAAUGACGAGGACAACAGCAACAUUCUUUACAAUUCGUUGAGCUGCUAUCCUGAUCUGCAUACGUUUUAUUUCAAUCUCAAAUUUUUGUCCAUCUUAGACACCUAUUCCAACAUCGAAACGGAACCAAGGAUAUCUGGUCAACAUGAUAAGCUGGAUCUAUUCAAGUACUUUACCGAACUUCCUGACCAGCUUCGGACCUUUUUUAAGGAUAUGUCCAUGGUGGAAGAAAUACGAACCAACGUCGACAAUAAGUUUGGUAUCUAUGUUAUGCGUGCGGGCACACUGGUUGCGAAAAUCGACAUUGAAGAGUGUGAUGCUCACGGAGAGCGCUUCCACGACUAUCGAUAUCAAAACUCAUCAUGGACUGCUGAUGCUUCUCACAAAAACGCUAUGGGAGUCAUGUUGGUUUUGAAAAUAUUCGAUACCUCCCUUCAUUUCCCCCAAGAACUCAUUUCUCGCGACCUGGUACUUGAUUCAGACUCACACAAGCCAUAUUCAGUGGCCAAUCAUCAAAAGUCUUUGCAUCUUUUCAACGACAUCACUUCAAACCUGAUACCUGCAUCUAAAUUCAAGAUCAGCAAUGACAACAUAGAGCUGCUCGGAGAGCUACUUAGAUGGGUCAGUUGGUGGCAGCAUGUUCUCUCCCCGGUGCUACAAACACUCAAGUGCCCAGCCCCACACCCUCCUAAUGAUCCCAAGAGGCGCACCUCCUCUAAUUCCACCUCAGCCCCGGCUCAAAGGCGGUUGAAUCAUACCACCAGACGUCGCAGGUCAUCGCAGAAAGGGAGAAGACCGAGUCUAACGGAUUCCAGUAUGAUGAAGGACGGCGGGCUACAACAAUUUACGCUAACCGAGGUCAUGAGCCAGCCUGUCGUAGAGGAGGAUGAGCCUUCUGAUAUCAUUGACCUGGUGUUAAAUGAAGAGUAUUUGGCUCUAGGCACCCACCACCGCUGCCACAUUGAGGGUGGAUUACAGGAGUGGCAAGCGUUUGUCGGUAGUUUCAAAUCGAUCGCGUUGUAG